ACUUACAGUCAUAAGCCCCCGGAAAAGACAAAACCGGCAAACAACAGCCUUGAGAGAUUCCAUUGGCCUGCAAUUCUCUUUUGUCUUUCCUUCAUCCUUAUACGGCCAAACCAAAGCUUCUCUCAACAACAAUGGCGGCAGAAAACAACAAAGCAGUUCACCAAACACUGCAUUCCCUCUUGAGCUCACAUCUUGUACCUUCAACACCAACCCUUCAUCAAAGCAUUGGUUCUCCAUGGACUCAACCUCGACAGCUUCAAGAUUUCGGUUCAGAGAUCACAAUGAAGAAAUGGGCGAUGAUGAAUCACCAGAAGGUCACAUUAGCUCCGAUUCUCUCUCCCUUUCGAGCAAUGAAGAUGAAGAGCCCGAGUUCCAGUCUAUGACUGCCAAGGGUGUUCAGUAUCUCUGUUCCGAACUUCUUGAGCUCAAGCAAGAAUCAGAUGAGGAUUUCCAGAAGAACAUCUUUUCAAACUACUCUGCCUUUGUUGCAAUCCUGAAAGAGAUAGAGGGGUUGGAAAGUGAAUUGUUGGGAUUGAAAGGCCAGGCUUCUUCACAGAAGAGGCUUGUGAAAGAUGUUAGUGACAGAAUUUGUAUAGGUGGUUUUUCUGAGGAGACUAUAGAAUCCAUACUUGAGGAAGAUCUUAAUGUUCAACCAUCAUCUCCAAGCUUAUUGGAAACUCACACAGAAAAUGUUUCAGAUAUCUUGGAUACUCUUCUGGUAGAACACAGGUUAGACGAUGCUCUAGCUGUGCUGGAGAUGGAGGGUGAGUUUGUCCAAGAUUUGCUUUCAGGAGAAAAUGUUCCCACAGAUCAGCUGCUGUCUUAUAGAUCUGCUGUAUCCGAGAAAAGGGCUAUGCUUGCUGAUCAGUUGACGUUAACGGCUAAACAUCCUCGGAUAUCUGCUCCCGAGUUGCAGAAAGCACUGAUUGGAUUGUGCCGACUUGGUGAAAGUGAUCUUGCAAUCCAGCUGAUGCUUCAGUAUUAUCAUUCGCGUAUUGCAUCUGGCAUAUAUAAUCUGCAGUCCUUGAAAGAGUUUCCAGAUGUGUUAUAUAUUCAAGAAUUAGCAAAAUUUGUGUGCUCAAUGAUCUCUCAAGCUGUAAGGAGUUUUGUGGUCUUACAUGGAGAAACUUAUCCUUAUCCUUCAGAACUAACUCAGUGGGCCUCUGAAGAAAUCAAAAUCAUUGCUGCAUGCUUCAGGAAGUACAUAGAAUCCAUAUCUGAGAUAAAUGGAAGACUAUCAACAGCUGUUGAUGCUGUGCAGACGGCAAUAUCUUAUUGCUCUUUGCUAGAAACUCAAAGGAUCUUCUUGCAGCCAUCUCUUGUAGAGCAUGUUCGCCCUUGCAUGGAAGAGGUUUUGCGACUCCAUAUAGACCAUUUGAGUGAAGUUAUUACUAUUUUCACGUCAACUGAUACUUGGGUUCUUGGCAGAUACUAUGUAUCAGGGAUCCUGACAGGGAGGAGUUACUCAAUCGUUGAUCAACAACCAGAAUGUUUCUUUCUCACUAACAGUGGCAGGAAAUUUGUAACAUUACUCCAGUCCGUUGCAGAGGAUGUUUCACCUCUGAUUGCCCUUCAAAUGGAGAGUUCAGUUCUGAAAGGAAUAACGGACCUGUUCACAGCAUAUAUUGUUAAUCUUGAACACACCAUUGCUGGUGAAACAGACGUUGUAGACAAAGAGGGGUUGAGCAUCAAUUCACCAGAAUCCCCUACUCAAGGAGUUUUCAUGCUAGCCAAUCUGUCAACAUUAAUGCAAUUCUCCUCCUGCAUUAUCAGAAACAUCUUUGGUGGCAUCCAUCAGAUGGACUUUGAGAUUGAUAAUUAUCUGAUGUUCAUUCAAGACAUUUAUAGUCGGCUUAAAGCAAGCUUCCUUGAUCAAUUCAUAUCCAAUAUUUUCUCCCCUGAUGCUGAUCAUGAAUCUGGUCCAGAAAUUUGCAUAAGCUGGGAGGGUGAUUCUAGAAUUUCUGAUCUGAUUCCUUCUGUUCCCUACCUGGAACUGUAUUUAGAGCUAAAGAAACUAGAAAAGCUUGCAGAGGACGACUUGGUUGAUGUGAACUGGUUAAUGAAUCUGUUGAAGGAGGUGACGAACGCCACAUUUGAAUGGAUGUCAAGUAAAUCUACGAUCUGGAAAAUUGAUCAACAGAAUUUUGCUGAACAUUGGACAGAGUUCAUGCAGUUGGUCCUGGACACUCAAUUCCUGGUGGAAAUUGCAAGAUGUGGUGGAUACUUAUCAGAAAAUGCAAUAAAUGUCUCCACGGACAUUAUAUCUCGUAUCGAAGCAUCCUUCGUUUCGUUCGGACAGAAGCCUCUAAGAGAUCUGAAUGACGACGAGUGGCCUGCAAACGCAGCAACUCGAGCCCUUCACAAGUUGCAAGAACUUCAAGCAAAAGAAUCACUUGAAAAUCAGAAAGCAACUACUGCAAGAGAAGAACCGCACCUGAAGGAUGAUAGGAUCAACCCAGUGAUUGUAAAUACAGAGGUUUCAAGAACAGAAGACACCCCAACCCCAACUCAAGAAGAAGUUCAUCUUCAAGUGCCAACUACCUUAUACAACAGGGAACUGUAUGGGGAAGUCGAAACAGCCAAAAAUGAGUUUGGAACCGAGGGAGAAAAAUCACCUGACAAUAAUGAUUUGGAAGCAGGAGAAGGGCUGUCUGCGUGAAUGUGUUUAUCAAUUACUCGCCGACAAGCAUGAAGAAAUACUCGCAGACAACAUGCACCCAUCACUAUUUAUCCAGUGUCAAGCAUAUGCUCUGGUAAUUAGGAAAUAAACUAGAGUCCUACUCUGUUCCUAAUAUCAAAUCAAGGGAAGCAAGAAAAACCAGUUUUGCAAACUGACAAUGAAUGAAUUACAGGCUAAAAUUCAUUUUAGUCCCCGACGUUUAACUUCAACUUUAAAAUAGUUCCUAUCUUUUCAACUCAAUUUGAAAUAGUCCUUUCAGCGUGUAAUUUUCCUACAUUACCCCUAUAAAAAAUUUAUUUUCUAUAGAUAAUCAUUUU